GAUGAUUGGUUUCGCAACGAUCAGUUUUGUAGCGCAGCUGAAAACGAGCUGAUCGGCGGAUCGGAAGAAUAAAUUCAUUUAAAUAAGUUUUCAGCAAGAAGAGAAACAGUGGAGAAAAAUGGCGAGCAAAGCCAUGAUCCUGCUCCUAUUAACGGGACACCUUCUGGUUGCCCAGACCUUCGCGCAACAGGACUAUAAUGCCUGGCAACGAACCGCCGGUCAACCACCCCAACUGGGCGUCCGCUCCCUGCCAAGCAACUCCAACUGGGGGCAACCGGCCAACCCACAACCCCUGAACAAUGUGGAGGAGGUGAACCUCAGUCCGCGACCGACGACCACCCCCCCACCCAAUCGUCCGCCACCCUCGUACAGCUACAUGGACCGCUUCAGCGCCAAGCUCUUCCAGAAAAUCGUGAGGCCGCACAGGCAGGACAACGUCGUCUUCUCACCCUUCUCCGUCCACGCCCUGCUGGGCAUGAUCUAUGCGGCAUCGGCCGGCAAGACUAAGCGCGAAGUGCAGGAGGUCGGCGAGUUCGGCGAGAAUCAGAUUGAUGUGGCCCUGGACUUCGAGCGGCUGGUCAAGUUCAAGGAACAUCUGCAGGGUGCCGAGCUGACAAUGGCGAUGAGGGUCUUCUACAACCAGCAACUGGGUGGCAUCAAUCCCAGCUACGAUGAGUUCGCUAAGUUCUACUACGACGCCGGCACGCAGCCCGUGAACAUGGAUAACGGCCAGGACACGUCUUCCCUGAUCAACGCCUGGGUGGCGGACAGAACUCACAACAAGAUCCAGAACUUGGUCCGUGCCAAUGAUAUUAAUUCCCAGAUGCAGGCCCUGUUGGUGAACGCCGUGUAUUUCAUGGGCCGCUGGGAGCACGAGUUCUCCACCCGAGACACACAGCCAGCCGAAUUCCGACACACCGACGGUACAGUUUCCCAGGUGGCUAUGAUGUUCAAUGACGAUGUCUUCGGCCUGGCCGAUCUGCCCGAGCUGAACGCCACCGCCCUGGAACUGUCCUACAAGAACAGUGCCACCAGCAUGCUGAUCCUGUUGCCCAAUAGGAUCAAUGGACUGGCCGACCUUGAGCAAAAGUUGGCCCAGCCGCGGUUCGAUCUCAACAAGAUCGCCCACCGCCUUCGCCGCCAGACGGUCUCAGUGCGCCUGCCUAAGUUCCGGAUCGAGUUCGAGCAGGACAUGACCGAGCCCCUGAAGGAGCUGGGCAUCCGCCAGAUGUUCACUCCCAACUCGCAGGUGAUCAAGCUGCUCGAUAAGCCGGUGCGCGUGGAGAAGAUCCUGCAGAAGGCCUACAUCGAUGUGGGCGAGGGCGGAACCGAGGCCUCGGCGGCUUCCUAUGCCAAGUUUGUGCCCCUGUCGCUGCCAGUCAGGUCGCAGGAGUUCGUCGCCAACAGGCCAUUCGUCUUCGCCAUCCGCGCCCCCAACUCAGUGCUCUUUGUGGGUCACGUGGAGAGGCCAACGCCGAUGACCGCCAGAAACGAGCCAAUAGCCGAUGCCUUCAACAGGCAAUAGAAGGCUUUGCCUCCAAAGAGAGCCCUGCGUCGAUGCAUUUGUAUGAAAAGAACAAUAAAGUCAAAACAUGUAUUUAUGGAAAA